AUGUCUUCUGAAAAAGAGCUCCAGCUAGUUGGCGAGGACUAUUAUAGCUCUCUUACGGAGCUUACUUUUAAUUCAAAGCCUCUCAUUACUACCCUCACUAUUCUUGCCCAAGAAAACAUUUCAGCGGCGAAAUAUAUUACCAAUGCUAUCAUAAAAAGAAUAACAAAGUGUGUACCUUCCCAGAAGCUUUAUUCUCUCUAUCUUUUGGAUUCCAUCUGCAAAAAUAUCGGUUCUCCUUACACUGUUCUCUUUGGUAGCAAUCUUUCCAAUUUAUUCAUCGAAACUUAUACACUUGUGGAUGACGUACAAAGAAAGAAAAUGAUUGACCUCUUCAAGACUUGGAAAGUUACUAAGUCUACUUCAGGUAUGCCAUUAUUUCCUCAUGAGGCUAUUCAAAUGAUUGAGAAAUUUCUCAUAAAGGUCACGAAGCCUAACGCUCAACAGUUGGGAAAUCAACAACAACGCGGAAACCCUCUUUUGCAUUCUAAUGGACAGCAAUUUUUUAACAACGGUAACAUCAAUAAUAAACCGCAAACACCUCAAACAAUGACAAAAUCUUUGAUUUCUGAGAUUGGCAACCUACAGAGUAUUAUUAGUGGCAGAUUGGCUUUAAAUCCUAACAAUGCUAAAGACAGCCAAAAGUUGGUAAUUUUGGACCAGCUCAAAAAUAUCUUGUCUUCACUGGCCCUUGGUCCUAGUGAAUUGGCUGGUAUUCAACAGCAACUAAAAGAGUUUUCAAGUGGUGAGAUACAAACGACUAAUCCCCCAGUUACAAAUAAUCAACCUAUUCAUAUACAUACUCCGCCACCGAAUCAAGGUUUUGUAAAUAAUAUUAGUAGUAAUAGCUCUAGUACAAUGAUUAAUGCUAAUGUAAACACCAUGGCACUUAAUCCAGCUGCUCUACUCAGCAGCAUUGCUUCAAAUAAUAAUCAUGUUCAGCAAAGUCCAUCGUUUACUGCUAAUAAUAACCUGGUCAAACCUAAUAACAUUGAUAUGAAUACCUUAUUUAAUACAUUACAAUCCACGGGGCUUAUUAAUCUUAAUAAAAGUGGUAAUAUGGCAUUACAUCCUCCACAAUCUAAUAAACCAGGGAUUAUUGGUGGCAACGUGCAACCUCGAAAAGGACCUUUGAAGCCUUUAGUUAAUUUGCCUUCAACCUCCAUUCUUCAAUCCAUUUUGACCAACACUAAGCAGGUAAAGCCUAAGUCUGAUGUACGGUCAGCUUUGGAUUAUUCCGACUUUUUGCCUACCAAUUCAAGCAACUCUUCGAAGCUUCCGAAUAUCAGAGAAUUUCAGAAAUUGUUAUUUGAAUCCAAACCAAUAAAAUGUAAUAAUUGUGGUAAACGUUUCACUGACACUCAAGAAUCACAGAAUCAUAUGGAUUGGCAUUUCAGAAUCAACAAAAGGCUAAAGGAUACUGCAAGUAUCAACACUAGAAGUCAUUAUUUAAGUCUUGAGGAUUUUGUUUUGUUCAAGGAAAGUGAAAUUUUGGGUGAAGGAGGUGAUUCGACAACCGAAGCUAAUAAUGAUUCCAGGGAUGUCACUACUGCUCCAAGUGAUAAUUCUUCAGAUGCCAGUAAGCAUUAUAUUGUCAUUCCGGAUGAUUGCACUGACAUGAGUACGAUAUGUAAUAUUUGCAAAGAUACUCUUAAAGGUGUCUUCCAUGAUGAAACUGGUGAAUGGGUAUGGAAAAAUGCUAUUCAGGUAAACCAAAAAAUAUACCACUGGAUAUGUUAUAAUGAAACACUGAGUAAGCGUAAAGCUGAGGAGGAUAAGAUCCGUGGGGUGUCAAAAAAGCCAAAUUUGAAUGGCUUGAAAUUUGAUGUGUCACUACUUAAGAGUUUGAGUACAAUCAAUAGUUUAUCUACAAUUAAUCCCUCCUAA